CUCUACUACCAAGGCACAUGUUAUCGUCAACAUGCUACAGCCUCGAUUGUCCCGGUCCGUCACGUCGGCGGACGCAUCUCUAGCAGCUCUUGCGUCCUCGUUGAAUGCCCUGAGUCUAUGUUCGAGCCACAAAGCCUUUCAUCCUCGCACAUCCAUAAAUUUCGUCCGACAUGCUUCCCACGCAGCUCAAGGGCGUGCCAAUGGCCCAACCGACUCCGCAGGACGACGACUAGGCGCCAAAAAAACUGCAUCGGAAUAUGUAGCGCCAGGACACAUCAUCUUCAAGCAGAGAGGCACGAAAUGGCACCCGGGCGAUAACGUCGGUAUAGGGAAGGAUCACACAAUCUUUGCCCUCGAGUAUGGCUACGUUCGAUACUACCGCGAUCCUCUGAAGCACCCGAAACGACGUUAUAUUGGUGUCGCCCUAGAAAAGGAAGGACCGGGCUCACAACUUCCCCUGCCUCCCAAUGCACCCUCUCGGAGACGCUUAGGGAUGUAUGCCACGCCAAUAAAACAGCAAGACGCGGACAAGGACUUUAUGGAAGCACACCUCAGCGGCCAUAGCCACGUUGCUUUCAGAGAUGGCGCGACUCCGACACCAUCCCCGCCCACAAUCACACGGCAGGGCACCUACCGAGAAGCAAACGUCUCAAUUGGUCGGGCUGCGGAGAGAAAGGGAGUGAAGGUUCGCGCGUAUGAUCGCGGAGACAGAUGGUUGGCGUGGAGAAGACGGGCUGCUAGAGUCAAAGCGGCCAUGGAAGCCAAGGUCUCGAAAGGCACGAAAAAGUCGAAAGGAAAGAAGUCAAAUAAAGGUGCUAAGAUUGGCGGCAAGAUGAGGUAGUCCUGGAGUGAAUGUCGUUUGUUCGAAUCUGUAUAAUUAUUUACAGGAAAACAAGUGCAAAGGACACUUGACACCUGGACGGCUGUGUGAUGUGCUUUGGCAUGAAUGAUUCACCUGGCGUAGGUUCCCUGCGUAUGUGCAAAUGUAUAGGGUGCCAGCAAAUGAUUCUUUUC